GGCUCCACAGGUACGUCACGCUCCUGAGGAUCUCCCUGCAAAGCCAUUUUCUGCAGCUCAGGAUGGCAGCCCCAAAGCUGGUGCUGGAGCUGCUGACUGCGGCACUGCUGCUGCGUGCAGCCGCCACACUGAGGAUCAGUGCCUUCAACAUCAAGACGUUUGGAGACAGCAAGAUGUCCAACCAGACCAUUGCAGACUUCAUUGUCUCUAUCCUGGUGGAGUACGACAUCACCUUGGUGCAGGAAGUGAGGGAUUCUGACCUGAGCUCAGUGAAUAAGCUGAUGUCCCAGCUCAACAGCGCAUCAUCGUACCCCUACAGCUUUUUGAGCAGCAUCCCCCUGGGUCGGAACAGCUACAAGGAGCAGUACGUCUUUAUCUACAGGUCGGACAUUGUCUCUGUGCUGGAAAGCUACUACUAUGAUGAUGGCUGCGAGUCCUGCGGGACAGACAUCUUCAGCAGGGAGCCCUUCAUCGUGAAGUUCUCCUCUCCCACCACACAGGUGGACGAAUUUGUCAUCGUGCCCCUGCACGCAGAGCCCCGCAAUGCCCCGACUGAGAUCGACGCACUUGCUGACGUCUACACGGAUGUCAUCGACAAGUGGGCAACCAAUAACAUCUUCUUCAUGGGUGACUUCAACGCUGACUGCUCCUACGUGACCGCGGAGCAGUGGCCCUCCAUCCGCCUGCGCUCCCUGAGCUCCUGCGAGUGGCUCAUCCCCGACAGCGCCGACACCACCGUCACCAGCACCGACUGCGCCUACGACCGCAUCGUUGCUUGUGGCUCUGAGCUGCGCCAAGCAAUUGAGUAUGGCUCUGCUAAAGUCAACAACUUCCAGGAGACUUUCCGUAUCCAGAACAAGGAUGCUUUGGCCAUCAGUGACCAUUUCCCAGUGGAGGUGACGCUGAAGGCCCGCUGAGACCUGCGCCAACAGCCAGCGGCGAGGAGUCCACGCGCCACCAGCUCCAACAAAGCUCUGUGACCAUUUGAUU